AUGCUCUCCCUUAUUGGGGUAGUGUUACUUGGUUUGUUCAUGUGUGGAAUCAUUGUUCAUCGACAACGGAAAAAAGUUGCUCCACAGAAACAGUCAGACGUAGAAGGUCAUGAUUUUUUUUCCAUAACAAGUUUUGAUGGAAAUGUAGUUUAUGACGAAAUCAUUAAGGCAACAAAUGAUUUUGAUGAAGCAUAUUGUAUUGGGACUGGAGGAUGCGGCAUUGUGUACAAAGCAGAGCUACAACCUAACAAUGUGUUAGCAGUCAAGAAAAUUUAUUCAUUGAUAUCAGUUGAGGAAGCUGAUCAUAAUGGUUUCCUUAAUGAGGUACAUGCAUUAACAAACAUAAGGCUUCGAAACAUAGUGAAACUCUAUGGAUAUUGCUCCCAUGCCCGCCACUCAUUUUUGAUUUAUGAAUACCUUGAAAAGGGAAGUCUUGGAUCAAUCUUAAGAAGUGGUGUCUUAGCAAAAGAAUUGGAUUGGUUGAAAACGGUCAAUAUUGUAAAGGCUGUAGCUAAUGGUUUGGCUUAUAUGCAUCACGACUGCUCGCCUCCUAUAAUUCAUAGAGACAUUUCCAUUGCCAACAUCCUUCUUGAUUCUGAUUAUGAGGCGCAUAUUUCUGAUUUUGGCACAUCCAAGCUUUUAAAGCUAGACUCAUCCAAUUGGACUGCAAUUGCUGGACCUAUGGUUAUAUCGCACCAGGUAAGAUGUAGAACUUGCUUAUACGAUGGUGGCAACCGAGAAAUGUGAUGUUUAUAGCUUUGGAGUUGUUGCGCUAGAAGUGAUCAUGGGAAAGCACCCUGGAGAACUCAUAACAUCUUUACCAACAUUGUCUGUUAAUUAUCUGGUUCCAACAAAUGUGGGAGAUAUUCAGAUGCCUCCUCCCUCAUCCCAAGUUGAGAAACAAGUUCAGUCGGUUCUAAGUAUCUCAAGAACAUGUUUGAACUCCAAUCCACACGAAAGGCCAACAAUGAGCCAAGUUUCAAAUCUAUUAAUGAAGGAUCUGUGUUGAAUUAAAAUCUCUUACCUGAUAUAGUGUACUUUUAAUGUCUAUACUUUUUUCAAGUUCCCUAUAUGCCUCCUCGUUAGGUGCAUUCAUUUGAAUGCCUCCUGGUUAAGAAAUUUCUGAUCAUAUGUUUUCUUGUAUCAUUAUGUAGUAGAUAAAAAAAUAAGUCAGUGAACAUUGCUAUCCUUCUAGAAAUUCACUGCUGGAAAAUUCAGUAUUAGCAACUUACCAAUCCAUCGAUUCUUAAGGAGGAGUUUCAUCUAUAAUUUUAC